AUGGUGCACGGCAUCUUGCCUUUGAGGUCGCAAAGUCACCGCCGCCUGCAACGGCUUCGGAAGCACACUCGGCGAUGCAGGCAAAAGCGGGUGAUGAUGCACGCUGGGUCGUGUAGAACUGUGCUGUGGCGUAUACCGCAAUCUUGCAGGCGCGCUGAGGAGGCUUUGGCGUGGAAGACCUUCCUACAGAAGAUUGUUUGGCGGCUCGAGGGCCGGUUGAAGGAGUUUCCAUCUUGCGGACGAGCUGGCCGUGAACAAUCCCUUGAGGACAGCGAGGAGCGGCAGCUGGUUGACGCAGCGUUGAACCAGGAGCAGCUGUUGCAGAACCCUGAGGAGGUGGUCUGCACGCGCUAUGGUGCUGAGCUGACCAGGCGACACCUGUCUUGCUUGCUUCCCGAUGAGUGGGUGAAUGACGAGGUGGUGAAUGCAUACCUGCGCCUGGUGCAGGAUUUCAGCAAAGGGGUGUGGUGCCCCAACACGUUCUUUUGGCCGAAAUUGGAGGAAGGCGGCCACGCUGCGGUGGAGCGCUGGGCCAGGCGCGCAGCAAUCGAUGUGGCUCUCCUCCGGUGUAUCAUUGUGCCGCUACAUCUGGAAGGUUGCCACUGGGCGUUGGCUGUGAUGAAGAUGUCCCAGCGGACAAUUGAAUAUUUUGACUCGCUGGGCUUGGCAGCCCCCGAUAAUUUGCAAAGCAGGCUUUCAGAAUAUGCCUCGAUGGAGGCCUCGGCGCUGUCAGGCUGUUGGAAGCUCAAGGUGGCCACGGCUCAGCUCCAGGAGAACACUUCAGACUGCGGUGUUUUCAUGCUGGCUUAUGCUGAAUGCAUGGCGCUGGGUACUCCAAUGAGCGUGGACGCCUCGCAGGUCGCCAAAAAGGCUGGCAUGCACCGUAGGCUCAGUUAUUCUGACCGAGCAGACUUACCAAUGUCCCAGCGCUGGCGUGAAGAGAUGCAGGCGAAGUUAUCCAAGGUUGACACCUCCAAGCUCUCCCCAGAGCAGAAGAGGAAGUUCAAGGAGCUCACUCAGCUCCGGGGCAAACAUGAGACGCGGCACUGCCAGUUUCAGCAGGCGCUGUGGCAGGCCGCCCCAGCGCACCAGGCGGGGAUCCUGCUCGCGCAGAAGAACUGA